GUGUUCAGCGGCGAACGGAUAAUAUGUUUGGAUCAAUGUAUUUUCUUCAUUUUCGAAUUUUAGCAAAAUGUAUGGGCUCAAUAAAGGCAAAAAAAUGGCUUGCUAAAAUAAAGAAAUAUCUGCACAAAAUCCGUCAACAAAUUGUCUGUCAUGAAUUUGUCUAAAAACAAUGGGCGCACAUAAAAAUCCAACGUUUAAAGUCGUGUCGCGCCGAAUGUGUUUGUCUCUGUGUUUUUUUCUUCUCUCGUUCAUUUUUGACAUUCCUCUUUUUUCAGCACAUACUCACGCGUGCGGCGACAAGUACAAAAUAAAUAAAAUAUAUGCUUCUGCUCCAUAAAUUGCACUUACCGAAUGCAAAAGUGACUGCAAAAAAACGUUUUUCCGAUACAUUGGCGUACAGAACGAUCAAAAGAUACAAAAUACACAACAUUUAAUUGCAUACAAACGGCAACAAAAAAAUAAAUCGAAUUCAGCUUUAGAACAUUACGGAGAAGUGUCAUUCAUAUUGUAUCGUGCGGUGUGUAUGUGAAGAGUAUCUCUCGCUUCAGUUUGUGUCGAGAGACGUUUUCAAACGAAACGUGUUUCUCGCAACCAAUUGAGUGAUCAGAAAAAAGAAAAAGAAAAACAAAGCAAACCUGCUGAUUGUUUAUCGUUUAAUUUUUGGUGUGCCAGUGCAACCAAUUUGUUGAAUUCACCAUUUGCAGCGGCAAAUAAUUGGAAAAGUGUGCAGAUAAAUUAAAACCACAGACAAAAUGUCAAAGAGACGCAUUGAAAUGGAUCCAUUUAUUAAGAAACGGCGUGAAGAAAAAGGCAUUCCAGUUGAUACGGGUUCGGGACCAGCGUCGAGCGCUCAAGCAACAACAACAUCAAAUCUACUGCAAAGUGGCGCUGGAGCCACUUCAACAACCACACGCCAAAAUUCAGUGAAUCCAUUAAAUAAUCAACCGUAUUCGCAACGUUAUUACACCUUGUAUCGCAAAAGGAUAACACUGCCGGUGUUUGAGUAUCGUGCGGAUUUUAUGCGAUUGCUGGCGGAAAAUCAGUGCAUUGUACUCGUUGGCGAGACUGGUAGUGGUAAAACUACACAAAUUCCACAAUGGUGUGUCGAAUAUGCCCGUUCGAUUGGUUCAAAGGGUGUUUCAUGUACGCAACCCCGUCGAGUGGCCGCAAUGUCUGUGGCCCAGCGUGUUUCAGAGGAAAUGGAUGUGAUACUGGGCCAAGAGGUGGGCUAUAGCAUUCGGUUCGAGGAUUGUUCGUCACCAUCAACGGUGCUCAAAUACAUGACAGACGGUAUGUUGUUGCGUGAAGGUAUGAGCGAUCCAACACUCGAUGGAUAUCAAGUGAUUUUACUCGAUGAAGCGCACGAACGUACAUUGGCCACCGAUAUUCUGAUGGGUGUACUGAAAGAGGUGAUUCGACAGCGAACCGAUUUGAAAUUAGUGGUGAUGUCGGCCACAUUGGAUGCGGGCAAAUUUCAACAAUAUUUCGAUAAUGCACCGCUAAUGAAUGUACCCGGUCGUACGCAUCCGGUCGAAAUUUUCUACACACCCGAACCGGAACGUGAUUACUUGGAAGCGGCCAUUCGAACGGUCAUUCAAAUUCACAUGUGCGAAGAGAUUGAAGGUGAUGUUCUGAUGUUUUUGACUGGACAAGAGGAAAUCGAAGAGGCUUGCAAACGAAUUAAACGUGAAAUUGAUAAUUUGGGCCCCGAAAUGGGUGAAUUAAAGUGCAUACCAUUGUAUUCAACACUACCACCCAAUUUGCAACAAAGAAUUUUCGAACCACCACCGCCAAACAAACCGAAUGGUGCCAUUGGACGUAAGGUUGUGGUGUCGACCAACAUUGCCGAAACAUCGUUGACAAUUGAUGGCGUCGUGUUUGUCAUUGAUCCCGGAUUUGCUAAACAAAAGGUGUACAAUCCGCGUAUUCGUGUGGAAAGUUUAUUGGUUUCACCGAUCAGUAAGGCAUCGGCACAGCAGCGUGCUGGACGUGCCGGCCGUACGAAACCCGGAAAAUGCUUCCGACUAUACACCGAAAAAGCGUACAAAAAUGAAAUGCAAAGCAAUACAUACCCGGAAAUUUUACGGUCAAACUUAGGAACUGUGGUGUUACAAUUGAAAAAAUUGGGCAUUGAUGAUUUGGUACAUUUCGAUUUCAUGGAUCCACCGGCACCAGAGACUCUGAUGCGUGCACUUGAGCUAUUGAAUUAUUUGGCCGCACUCGAUGAUGAUGGCAAUCUAACCGAUUUGGGUGCCGUCAUGGCAGAAUUUCCACUGGAUCCACAGCUAGCGAAAAUGUUAAUUGCCAGCUGCAACCAUAAUUGUUCAAACGAAAUUCUUUCCAUCACAGCUAUGUUGUCGGUACCUCAAUGUUUCGUGCGACCAAAUGAUGUGAAGAAGCAAGCAGAUGAAGCAAAGAUGCGCUUUGCACACAUCGAUGGCGAUCAUUUAACACUGCUAAACGUUUACCAUGCAUUCAAACAGAGCAACGAAGAUACAAAUUGGUGUUACGAAAAUUUCGUUAACUAUCGAUCACUAAAACAAGCCGAUAAUGUGCGUCAGCAACUGUCACGGAUUAUGGACCGAUUUAAUUUAAAACGAACCAGCACAGAUUUCUCAUCGAAGGAUUAUUACAUAAAUAUUCGAAAGGCCUUAGUUCAGGGUUUCUUCAUGCAAGUUGCUCAUUUAGAACGAACCGGACACUAUUUGACGAUCAAGGACAAUCAAGUAGUGCAAUUACAUCCGUCAACCUGUUUGGAUCACAAACCCGAUUGGGUUAUCUACAAUGAGUUCGUAUUGACAACGAAAAAUUACAUACGAACGGUAACUGAUGUUAAACCUGAGUGGCUUCUGAAGAUUGCACCCCAAUAUUACGAUAUGAACAACUUCCCGCAAUGCGAGGCGAAACGACAACUUGAAGUGCUACAGGCGCGCAUUGAUUCGAAACAAUUUCAGCAAGGAUUUUAAGUUAGAUACAAGAUUGUAAUUUUAUAUAUGAUUUUAAGGAUUCGAAAUUCACUGAAGCACAUACAAAUCCAGACAGAACAGCAAAUACUACUCCAAUUGAUUGGGAACACACUCAACCAACCACACACGAAAACCAACACAGAGUUAAGCAUUCAUUAAUGAAUCAUUAUUACAGAAUUAAUUGUAACUAUAAUUAUAGUUUGAAAGUAGAAAAAAAAAAAACAAAUGCUACUUCAACCAAUGCAAGCAAUGUCCACCUUCAUAUAGUCGACAUUUAUGUGUUUCCAAUAUUAUUGCAUCCUUAAAUAAAUGUUUUCCUAACUUUCA